AUGAAUGUCGACCAACUCAAGACAUUGUGUGAGGAUGGAAAAUUCUAUGAAGCACAACAAAUGUUUGUGGUUCUGUAUAACAAGACCUAUAAACAAGAGAAAUAUGAUAAAUGUGCUCAGAUUUUGUUAUCGGGAAUAAAUAAGAUGCAUCAAUAUAAACAGGUGGCUCUCAUGAUUGAUUUAGCGAAAUAUUUAGUUUCCAUGUUUUCCAAAAUGGAUGCACCAACCACUCAUAAAUAUGCUAUAAAGGACGAUCAGAUCACAGCAAUAGAUAUUGUCAAACACGUUAUUGAUUUAUAUCACGAAUUGGAAGAUACAGUACCUAAAGAAGAUAUUCAAAGAAUGAUUGGAUUUUUGGAGAAGGUAGUUACGUGGAGUGCCCAAUCUCAGGUUCCUAAAAUUUCCGAUAAUCAUGGAGAACCUUUUGUUCACAUGGAGUUAGGAAAGUUAUAUUUUAAAUUAGGAAACUAUGAAGAAAGUAACAAAAACUUUUUGAAAUCAAACUCUGCGGAAGAGUUUGCUGACAUGAUUUCUGAAUGGAUGAAAAAAGGAGAAAAGUCAGAAUUUGAUUUAUUUAUUACUAGAGUAGUGUUGCAAUUACUGUGUGCUAAGAAGGAGGAACUAGCAAGAAAAGUCUACAAACUAUUGAUUGAAAAAACUGAAAAAGAAGCUACAACUCCACUUUUGAAUUUUGUGAAAUUCUUGCUGCUGUCUAUUGAAAAGAGCAACCUAGCUCUAUUCACCUUCAUUACAAACAAAUAUCAGUCUGAGCUUACCAGAAGAGAUGCUAGUUUUAAGGAGCUGUAUACUGAUAAGAUUGCUUCUAUUUAUUUUGGCAUCAAGUCCUCCAAAAGUCAAACUGGUUUGGGUUCAAUGAUCAACUCGAUUUUUUCUUCCAUGAUGAAAUAA